GGGGCGGCGGCCUCGCCUCGUCUCUGUCUCUGCGCCUGGGUCUGCUGGGUGACGCGGAGCGCCACAGAGAUGUCGGAUUUCGACAGUAACCCCUUUGCGGACCCGGAUCUCAACAACCCCUUCAAGGAUCCAUCAGUUACACAGGUGACAAGAAAUGUUCCACCCGGACUUGAUGAAUAUAAUCCAUUCUCGGAUUCUAGAACACCUCCACCAGGCAGUGUGAAAAUGCCCAAUGUGCCCAAUACACAACCAGCAAUAAUGAAACCAACAGAGGAACAUCCAGCUUAUACACAGAUUGCCAAGGAACAUGCCUUGGCUCAAGCUGAACUUCUUAAGCGCCAGGAAGAACUAGAAAGAAAAGCUGCAGAAUUAGAUCGUCGAGAACGAGAAAUGCAGAACCUCAGUCAACAUGGCAGAAAAAAUAAUUGGCCCCCUCUUCCUGGCAAUUUUCCUGUGGGACCUUGUUUCUAUCAGGAUUUUUCUGUAGACAUUCCUGUAGAAUUCCAAAAAACAGUAAAACUUAUGUACUACUUGUGGAUGUUCCAUGCUGUAACACUGUUUCUAAAUAUCUUCGGAUGCUUGGCUUGGUUUUGUGUUGAUCCCACAAGAGGGGUUGAUUUUGGACUGAGUAUCCUGUGGUUCUUGCUUUUUACUCCUUGUUCAUUUGUCUGUUGGUACAGACCACUUUACGGAGCUUUCAGGAGUGACAGUUCAUUCAGAUUCUUUGUAUUCUUCUUCGUGUAUAUUUGUCAAUUUGCUGUACAUGUACUCCAGGCUGCAGGAUUUCAUAAUUGGGGUAAUUGUGGUUGGAUUUCAUCCCUCACUGGUCUUAACCAAAAUAUUCCUGUUGGCAUCAUGAUGAUAAUCAUAGCAGCACUUUUCACAGCGUCGGCGGUCAUUUCACUAGUUAUGUUUAAAAAAGUACAUGGACUAUAUCGAACCACAGGUGCUAGUUUUGAGAAGGCCCAACAAGAGUUUGCAACAGGGGUGAUGUCCAACAAAACUGUCCAGACCGCAGCCGCAAAUGCAGCAUCAACUGCAGCAACGAGUGCAGCUCAGAAUGCUUUCAAGGGUAACCAGAUGUAAGGAGUCUUCAAACAACACACUGUUACCUUUUGACUGUACUUUUUCUCCGGUUACUGUAUCUACAAAUAUUUUUAUGUUCAAAACACACAGUACACACAGCAUGGGUAUUUCCUGUUCACUUGUGCAUGGGCUAAAACCAGAAAAACUCCCUUGUCUUAUUACUUUACCUAAUAGUUUCUUAAUCUUUCAGUGCCCCUUGCAGAAAAAAUAUAUUACAUGCGAAAUAAAUAUUCUCCAUAUUUUUUGGAGGAUGAUGGCCAGUGAAUCAUUCAGUGGUGACACACUGAAAUUAAUAUGGUACUUAUGAUUAAAAACGCGCUUAGUUUUAAUUGCAGUAGUUCUUUCAAGAAUCUUUAGGAGGUAAAGCU